CGCAUGCUUGGCACUUCCGCCGGGUCAAAUAUGAGUCAUUAAAUGACUCCCGCCUCCAGGUGGUAGAGGGCGCUAGUGAUCCUUCUUGCGACUACCAGUACUGCAGGAGACAGGUACUGCAGAAGAAGACAACAAGCAGCAAGCAUGCAGCAAUUGUUUGCUUGCACUUUUAACAUGGAGGAUUACAUAUCUAAAAUAAAACCGUUUUCUAAACUGGACUUUCAAUCGAAGCAGGAGGUAAUAAUUAAAGGAAUAUCUCCAGAGACUUUUAAAAUUGAAGAAAGAUGAGAAAGACUGCCUUUGAUCAGAAGCAGCUGCACAUGGACCCAUCUACAAGUAAAGGAGGCUCUGAUCAUGGCCAGCAUGGAGCACCCUCACCUAGUGCGCCUGCUGGGCGUCUGCCUGAGCCCUACCAUCCAGCUGGUCACGCAGCUUAUGCCACACGGCUGCCUCCUCGACUACGUGCACGAGCAUAAGGACAACAUCGGGUCGCAGCUGCUGCUCAACUGGUGCGUCCAAAUCGCAAAGGGGAUGAUGUACCUGGAAGAAAGGCGCCUGGUCCAUAGGGAUUUGGCCGCCCGCAAUGUGCUGGUGAAGUCGGCCAAUCACAUCAAGAUCACCGACUUCGGCCUGGCGCGGCUGCUGGACGCCGACGAGAAGGAGUACAACGCAGACGGGGGCAAGGUCGGUAUGCCCGUUAAAUGGAUGGCUCUCGAGUGCAUCCACUACAGGAAGUUCACUCAUCAGAGCGAUGUGUGGAGUUAUGGAGUGACCAUCUGGGAGCUGAUGACGUUCGGAGGCAAACCGUACGACAGCAUCUCCACGCGGGAGAUCCCGGACAUCCUGGAAAAAGGCGAGCGCCUACCUCAGCCGCCCAUUUGCACCAUAGAUGUCUACAUGGUCAUGGUCAAAUGCUGGAUGAUUGAUGCUGACAGCAGACCCAAGUUUAAGGAGCUUGCUGCGGAAUUCUGCAGGAUGGCCCGGGACCCCCAACGAUAUCUGGUCAUCCAAGGAGACGAUCGGAUGAAGCUGCCCAGCCCCAACGACAGCAAGUUCUUCCAGAGUCUCCUGGAUGAGGAGGACCUAGACGACCUGAUGGAUGCCGACGAGUACCUGGUGCCUCGCGGUUUUGACGUGGCUCAUCCAUCAUACACGACGAGACCUCGAGUUGACACAAACAGAAACCAGUUUGGCUAUCGGGAAGGAGGGCCAAACCCUUCAGAGGGUCUAGCGGCAGGGGCAAAGGAGGAAGCCGCCGGUGGGCAGGGACCCACCCUGGAAGAUCAACACUGCAAUGGGAACUUGCAGAAGAAGGGUCUGAGCCAAGCUGGGGCUGAAGACAAUGGAGGACAGAGGUACAGCGCUGACCCCACCAUCUUCCUGGGGGAGAGGGUCUCCAGGGACACGGACGAGGACGGGUACAUGACCCCCAUGAAGGACAAGAGCUCAUCAGAAUACCUGAACCCAAUUGAGGAAAACCCCUUUGUCUCUCGGCGUAAAAAUGGGGAGAUCCAUGCGUUGGACAACCCGGGCUACCACAGCACACCCAGCAGCCAGGCCAAAGCGGAGGACGAGUACAUCAACGAGCCCCUCUACUUCAACACCUUCCAUAGCACGGCUGAGACCCUGCGGAGAAACGGUCUGCCUCUUCCCACCCAGCCUCCUUCCGCCAUCUCAGCCGCCACCUCAGGGUCCCACCUCCCACUUAGCAUCCAGACCAGCCUGCCCCACUACCCUCUCCCCACGCCUUCGCCAUCUGGCAUGCCGUGUCACCACGCUCCGCUGACCCACAUCCUCCACGCCCACCACACCAUCAAACCUACAGCACAAGCUAGCAUUCUCGGUGUCGGCUCCACCGGCCAGAGCCAAACAGGAACUACGGCGCAGGCCUUGGCGUGCCAUUCAGGUGUGCCAUCCACCGCGGCGGCCCCCAUCGGACUGGCCUGCCUGCCAGGCUACCAGAGCCACAUAGCCUCGCAGCCUGCCAGCCUGCUGAAGCACGGCGGACAGACGGCAGGUAAAGCCGCUGGGAAGAAGCUGAAGGUAACCUUUGACAAUCCGGAGUACUGGCAGCACAGCUUGCCUCCCAAACCAUCUGACAGCACCCAGGGCGGGUCCACCAACGCUAAGCUCUUCUACAAGCAGAAUGGACACAUUCGGUCAGCAGUAGCUGAAAACCCCGAGUACAUGUCGGAGUUUUCCCUUAAGUCUGGCCCUGUUCUGCCACCUCCUCCCUACCGGCAGAGAAAUACGGUGGUCUAGAUUGAUCCAGCCUCUAGAAACCUCUACACUUCACUGACCAGAGCCUCCACAAACCCCAACCCUAACCAUGAUAUCCAUUAUAGACCGUAGCAACAUCACAAGCAGAAGGAUAUCUACACUUCUGUCCUGUAGUUACCGACUCCGAUCCGAGACCGUGGGAUUGUGGAGGACGCGUCACCAUGUGGAAUUACGGUCAUUUCCAGUGAAACACGCGGAAGCUACUGCCGUCCACUCUGCUGUGUCCGUUGGAAGAGCAGAACAAGAUUUCCUUUUCUUCUUUUUUUCCAUGUAUAGAAACCCAUGCAAUUGACAGGAACCUACGAAGGACUUGGAACGUGUUUCAACUUAGUUCAUCAAAUGGAGGGAAACCCGUCUUAGAAGCUGAUCAGUCACGCUCAUAUUUUUACCCGAAGUAUUUAUUUUAUACAGUAUUGUGUUUGUUUUUUUUCAUUGGGUUGGUGAAAAAAAUGUAACUGUGCUGCUGUGACGACAUUAAGUUUACAUUUACACAUAUAGUACUUUGCUCCAAAUCACAAAAUACCCUAAAGCAGCAGAAAGUAGAAAUCAAAUGACUUUGGGAUACCUCAAAAAGUCUGGAGGGAAAGGUUUCAUCAGCCAAAGCUGUGUACGAGUAUUAUUUACAUGUAUUUAAAUGAAAUUAUUGACGAUUUGAACAAUAACUUACAAUUUGUCACAACGAUCAUGUCCGACAAAUAUUCAAUUUUUGCACAAAAAUAUACUUGGCCGAUAUUUCUUAACAGUUAGGGUA